AUGAACGAAGAAAAGUUUUUCGCCAUCGCCGACCACAACCUGACAGUGGUAGCUCAAGAUGCUGCAUACAUAAAACCUAUAACCACCCCUUACAUCAUGAUAACUCCAGGCCAAACCAUGGACAUUUUAGUCACUGCAAACCAGCCUCCCAGCCACUAUUACAUCGCUGCUACUUCUUUUGUUGACGGGAAUGUUGCAUUCCACAACGGCACCACCACUGCAAUUCUUGAAUACAACGGCAACUACAGCACCCCCUCAACCACUCCCUUCCCGACUCUUCCAGAUCACGAUGACGACACAGCUGCUGAAAACUUCACUAAGCAAGUGAGGGCCUUGGCAAGCGAAGACCACCCUAUUAGUGUCCCCUUAAACAUCUCAACGUCGAUGUACAUCGCUGUUUCAAUAAAUGAAAGGAUUUGCACAAAUUCUUCUUGUGCUGGGCCAGAUGGAAAUGCGCUUGCUGCAAGCUUAAACAACAUCAGUUUUCAGACUCCAUCUAAUAGUGUACUGCAAGCAUAUUAUGGACAUACCACCUUAUUUUAUAACUUCACGGGAGACGUAGCAAACAACACAAUAUAUCCAAGCUUUGGGACGAGGGUGAGGAUGAUCAACUAUGGUGAAGGAGUUGAGAUAGUCUUCCAAGGGACCAGCAUCAUUGCACCUGAGAACCAUCCAAUGCAUCUCCAUGGUUUCAGCUUCUAUUUGGUUGGAACUGGUUCUGGGAAUUUCAACAGUACGACGUCGCCUACGACCUACAAUUUGGUUGAUCCACCAGAAGUAAACACCAUUGGAGUUCCAAAGAAUGGAUGGGCAGCCAUCAGAUUUGUAGCUGAUAAUCCUGGAGUAUGGUUUAUGCACUGUCACUUGGAAAGGCAUGCCAGCUGGGGAAUGGACACUGUGCUCAUUGUGAGGAAUGGAAAUACCAGUGAAAGCACGAUUCUUGGACCACCUGCUUAUAUGCCUCCUUGUUCCAACUCUUAA